AAGCUCUAGCCUCUACAUAUCCAGCAGCCUUUUCCUGGGAGAGAGCCAAAAGACAAACAAUCAACUUAUUUCGUUUCACUUAUUAUUCUGUGAGCAAAACCCGAAAGCAAAACAUCUCUUCUUCAUCUUUCCACACUGUUUUGCAUUGACAGAUUCAAGGUAAGAAUCGGGAUCCGGGUCCAUCUCCAGUUUCCUUUUCUAAUUCAACUGAGGAAAUUGUCUGCCCAGAUCACUGGAAUCCAGAAAAAGUGAUCGUUUGAACCAGUGUCCUUUAGUCAUCAACCAAAUGCUUUGCACCUCCCCUGCCACAUUCUUGGGUUUAAUGGAACUCCUUCAAAGAAUUGUAGCCAAUAGAAUGCAUUGAAGAGCGCAGAUAGAAAGAGCACAGGUUUCAGUUUCCUAAAUAUGUCUGCAAAGACAACGCCUUCUCUGGCAGAUGAGAACCGAGAUCUUCGGAAGCAGAUUGGGUGCAUGCACGGCAUAUUUCAACUCUUUGACCGUCAACAUUUCCUUACAGGCCGGCGAGUUAGUAGUCACAGCCAUAAAAAGCUACUUCAAGGUGUGCAGCACGAACUGGACCCUCAAUAUGCAACAAAAGAUGUCAUAGAAAAAGAUCUGGAAGUGCAGAAAGAGAAACCAAGGAUCUCCACUGAAUCAUCCCGGGCCUCCUACUCAUCUUCUUCUUGUUCGUCUACAUUCUCAUCACUUGACUGUAAUCGAAUAGCUCAAUCAGAAAGACUUGCACUGAGACAGAUCAAUAUUCCUGAAAGCCCAUUUCAGAUCACAGCUGUGAAAGAACAGAAGCCUUCAUUUACUAAGGGCAAGCAAUCCCUUGAUCUUCGGGAUGUGGUUAAGGACUCGAUGUAUAGGGAAGCCCGUUGUCUGUCUAUCAAAUCCUUGGCUAAUGAUGAAAGAAGAGGCACUGUAAUGAAGCACAUUGACUCUCCCAGGCCAUCUCAGCAGGCCAAAUCCAGAAGGCCAAAUGCCACAAAUUAUGAGGGAUCAGCUCGAGUUCUUGCUAAGGUCCAGGAAGGUACAAAGAACAGCAAGGAUGACCGGCUGACACUCCAUCGUUUCUCUUAUGAUGGAAGAGAAUCAGGAGAGGCAUUUAAGUCGGCCAUGAAGCAAAAAGAAUUCCCAAGACUUUCACUAGACAGUAAAGCAAGUUCCAUGAAGUCUUCGGCCCUUGAGUCAAGUCUGAAUUUUCUCGGCCGUGACCUGCAUGUGGAAAAUGAGAACCCCAGCCAAAAUUUUCAAAUGAACCAAGAACCUGGAAGCCACAACAGAACGUCCAGUGUUGUAGCCAAGCUAAUGGGUUUGGAAGCUUUCUCAGAUACCAUCUCCACAAAUGACGGUAGGACCCCCACGAUAAAGUCAUGCCCUAAAGAAGCUUUUUCUUCACAAUUAACCUCAACAGCUGAGGAAAGUAAGCAAAAUCAAGUUGCUAAUUCUCCACAUGCUUCACAAAACAAUCCCGUUCUACCAUCACCAAAAUUGGAUAGUGCCAAUUUUGUCAGAAAACCAACUACAGGUUCAAGGUUUCCAAUGGAACCAGCUCCAUGGAAGCAACAAGAUUUCAGUCAAGGUUAUCCUAAAAUGGCUCCACAGAGUCGGAAACCUCCAAUGAGUACCCACCUCUCUUCUUCAGUUUAUGGUGAAAUUGAGAAGAGGAUAACAGAACUUGAAUUCAAAAGGUCCGGUAAGGAUCUCAGAGCUCUUAAGCAGAUAGUUGAAGCAAUGCAGAAAACGAGAGAGCGGUUGGACGACCAAAGAGGUAAGUCUGCAGAAGUCCCAUCGCAGAGAAGAUGUAGUUUGGAAGACAGCUGCUCUGAUCAGUCUAACUUGUUAAUGUGGAACAAUAGAAAGAGUUACCACCAAGUUCCUAAUAUCAAGGGACUUUCUGCUCCUAAGCAAUUAGGCUCUUCUGUUGUGAUCAUGCAACCAGCUCAAGUGAUCAACAACGUCAAACAUCCAGUUUCAUCCCCAGUCCACACAAGAGAAACAUCAAAUUUGCAAAGACUCCAUGCUCAGAACCCUAAAUAUAACAGGGGCAAUUCAGCUCACAGACAAAAAGCAAAAGAGCUCCCACCAAAGAACAAUAAUCUGAAAGACCCAAGUAGGCAACUUCCUUCCACUGACAAGAAGACUAUUUGGGGAACUUCAGAACCAGAUCGAAUCUUAGGAGGACACUGGCGCACGAAAGUAGAAAAUUCCAGUACCCCAGGAAGGAGUUCUGGAAUGGUGAGCCCAAGGUUACAACAGAAUCUACUCAGGAUAGAAGAGCAAACUCAUCCCACCACCCCAUCAUCAGACUCAGGGAGGGUCAGAAAGCAUUGCAGUAGGAUACUCAUAGAAACAGGUCCGCAGAACAGAAAACACAAAAUCAAAACAAAGGAUCAGCCGUUAUGUGAUAGCCAAUUGAAUGAGCUUAGUAGUGAGACGAUACACUUAAGUUACCAAGGUGACACAGCUUCCAUUAAAUCAGAAAGCAUCAACAGCCUAGUCUCACAGACAGAAACAGAGGUCACAAAUCUGGCUCAUUCAAUGCAAUUAAAUUCUGGAGGAAAAGAGAAUUCUGUGUCAACAACGAGAGAACACAUGCCAGCAGUUGAAAUUUCAGUUAUCAUGUUGGAACAACCAAGUCCCAUCUCAGUUCUUGAUGAUACAUUUUACUGUGAAGAUUCACCAUCUCCAAUAAAGAAGAUAUCAACAGCUUUUCGAGAUGAGAGUCCAAGUCCUGAUGAAGCAGAAUGGCAACUUGAGACGGACUGCACAAGAUCCAGUUAUGGUUGCUACAAUCAGAAGUCAGAGAUGACGAAAAUUCCAGUUCACAAGCUUGGAUUGUUGAAUGCUAAGCCUGAUGAAAUUGCUGAAAAUGACAAUGCAUUAGUAUAUGGGAGCCUCAAUCCAGAUCACAGAUACAUCAAUAAGAUACUAAUGACAUCCGGACUCCUCAAAGACUCAAGCUUCAUCUCGACAACUCAUCAAAUCCUUUCCUCACGCCAUCGUAUCAAUCCUGACAUGUUUUAUGUCCUUGAACAAACAGAGGAAUCCAUGGAAGGGAUGAAUGGAGAAGCAAUUGAAAAGAAUAAUAGGAUGAAGUUGGAUAAGAAAAUUCAAAGAAAGAUUAUUUUUGAUAUGGUAGAUGAAAUACUGGUUAGCAAAAUCACUUCAGGCAGAUUAUUUGCAGCAGGAAAGAAAAGGACAAAUAGAGAGGGGCUGUUGAAAGAAGUGUACUUGGAGAUAGACCGUCUGUACAGGAUAUCAGAAAGCACUCUUGAUGAUGAGGUAGACGAAAUAAACAGACUCUUAACUGCAGAUAUGAUGUAUCAAUCAGAAGACUGGGCAGAUUUCAGUGGUGAGACUCCAGCUUUGGCGUUGGACAUUGAGCGCCUGAUCUUUAAAGAUUUGAUCAAUGAGGUAGUCACAGGUGAAGUUAUGGGUUAUCAUGAUUUGCCAAAGAGGUAUUGCAGGCAACUGUUUAGCAAGUAGUAUUCUCCCUCCCCCCUUCUUGCUUAUAUGUAUACUUUGGCCCCUGAGGUCUGUGAUCUAUAAUGCCACAGAUAUCAGCAAUAUAGCUCUUUUAAAAUUGGGGACACAGAUCACAUUUAAAUUAAAGUAGCUUCUGUUUCUUUCA